GGAUCCAAAGCAAAGUUACGCGUCGUACAGGUUAAUAUUGGCACACAAAGAAGCAUGUGUACUGUAACAUUAGCACACACAUACAUAUGCACUGUAUGAGUGCUCGGGUUAAGCUAACAACGUGUUAAACAACGCACUGUUUACGCAGCAGCUAAUGCUAGUAAUAGCAUAGCUCGGAUCAUACGAAUCACCAAACUCCGAUAAGAAGUGGGUCGGUUGAAAGGUUCCCUGCUGGUGGGUCUGCUGACAGACCAAGCAGAGCGAAAUCAUGCCCCGUUAGUCAAUCGAUAGCACUCUGAUGUUACUCCGGCAUACUUUCACAUCGUUAAUUGCCAUUAAAUGACAAGUUGGAGAGAUUGAGCCUGUUAUGAAAUAGUUGUGUUCGUUGCAUUGUGUUUGACGGUGCAAAUCUGCACGUGUCACGUUGUUUGUCCGCUGUUAAACGUGCACUUUCCCUGAAACCAAGAGCGCGUUAAACCAGCAGGUUUCCGAUCGCAGUUUGGCUUGAUGUGUCCGGCCUGAGAAGUGAGGCUCCACGAUGGCAGCAGCAGGCCGGCUGAGCUUCAGCAACAUCACCGCCCUGGCCCCGAUGGUCCGGGUGGGGACCCUGCCCAUGAGGCUGCUGGCUCUGGACUACGGAGCUGAUGUGGUCUACUGUGAGGAGUUAAUCGACAUCAAAAUGGCCAAAUGUCAACGAGUAGUGAACGAUGUUCUGGAGACGGUGGACUUCGUGGCCCCAGACGAGCGAGUGAUGUUCAGAACCUGCGAGAGGGAGAAGGGCCGAGUCGUCUUCCAGAUGGGAACAGCUGACCCGGAGCGAGCGCUGGUGGUGGCCCGCCUCGUGGAACCCGACGUGGCUGCUAUCGAUGUGAAUAUGGGAUGUCCCAAAGAAUACUCCACUAAGGGCGGGAUGGGAGCUGCUCUCCUGUCGGAUCCUGAUAAGAUCGAGGCGAUCCUGCGGAAGCUGGUGGCUGGAGUCUCCAUACCGAUCACGUGUAAAAUCCGAAUCCUUCCCUCGUUGGAUGAGACAGUCAGUCUGGUCCAGAGGAUCGAGCAAACGGGCGUCGCUGCGGUCGCUGUUCACGGAAGGUUGAAGGACGAGCGACCUCGACACCCGUUGCACCUCGACUACAUCCAAGCCGCCGCAGGAGCAGUGUCCAUCCCCGUCAUCGCCAAUGGAGGCUCUCUGGACCUGGUGAAGACCAACAAGGACAUCGAGGACUUCCGGAGGACCAGCGGCGCCUCCUCCGUCAUGUUGGCUCGAGCUGCCAUGUGGAACGCCUCUGUGUUCAGGGCGGGGGGGCCCCUCCCCCUGGAGACUGUCAUGGAGGACUACCUCAAACACGCCAUCCGGUACAACAACCACGCCUUCAACACCAAGUACUGCCUGUGCCAGAUGCUGAGGGACAAGGUGGAGUCUCCUCUGGGGAGGCGGGUGCAGGCGGCUCAGACCAGCGCCGAGAUCAGCGAGGCGUUGGGGCUGCAGGAGUUCUACCAGCAGACCCAGGACAAGCUGCAGGCCAGGAGGGAUGCGGCGCACAGCGGAGGGGCGCCGGAGCGCCUGGUGAUGGACGGGGACGUCACCACCAUGGUGGUCCGGUUUGAGAGGAGGGAGUAUCCGCCCCACAUCACCCCCAAGAUGUUCCUGCUGGAGUGGAGCCGCAAGGAGAAGCUGCAGCAGCCGCUCUAUGAGACGGUUCAACGAUCUCAGGAUCGAUCGUUUCAGUCCAUCGUCACCGUGGAGGGAAAAAGAUACAGAUCUACUCUGUGGUCAGACACGCACAUACAGACAGACACACAGAGCCACACCUCCUCGCCCUCUGAAUCCCCUCCCCUUUCUACUUGUUCCCAGGGAGAAGUCGAAGAAGUUUGCCGAGCAGGCGGCGGCCGUCGUCUUCCUGCGAGUGCGCGGCGUCCCGGAGGGUCGAAUCGGCGAGGAAGACUCCGGCUUGGUGUGCAAGAGGAAAAGGGAGGGGCAGCCCGACCGGGGCGCGGGGGAGGAGGACAGCAACAAGCGGCGCGUGUUCGAGGCCCAGCGGGAGACGCGGAGCGGGAAGAGUCAGGGAGUGUCCGUGUGAACGGGAGGAUCUUUAUUUUAUUUUCUUUGCGCCAAGAACAACUUCUCGGUAAAAAUAUAUUCUGUGGGAUUUUCAACAUUAUUUACGGGUAAAAAGUUUUUGGGUCGUUGAGCUUCACCUUGUGACUCGUUGAAGGUGGGGCGACGUCAUCACACACGGCGGCGAGGUGGGCCGCCUUAACUAUUGUUUUUAUUUUUAUUUUCACGCAUUUAUUGUUCAACAUCUUUAAUUGCAUAUUUUUUAUUUCAACAUAAUUCCCCCGGUAACUGACGAGGUUCCAGUGUGACUGAUCGCCACUGGGGGGGGCGGAGCUUAACCGUCAUAUUCAGGAUUGGCCAUUUCACGCAUUCCUGAACUUUGGUGCCUUAGAGAACGAGUUUUUUUUUUUUUUUUUAAGUUUUGCGCUUUAAAAAUCCCUGUGUUCGUUUUGAAGAAAAGGCUGAUUUUAUUUUAUUUGAGUUCUAGAGUUAGUCUAAAAUACAAAACAAUUAAAAACUGACAGACGACAAACUGUGUGGAUUUAAAUAUAUUACCUCAUUUUCUCAGUAUGCAGUAUGACUUCAGUAAUAAAGUACAAUUCUACUUUCAUCUCACAGCUUUAGUUACUUCAUAAAUAAAUAAUACAAGUGUGGGUGUGUGUAUGUAUGUAUAUAUAUUCUAUAUGAAAAAAUAUGAAAUUAGUUUGUAUGCUUUAACCACACUGUGUUGCUUAUAGUGAUGAACGUUUUACUGUGUACUACAAGUAGUACUUUUACUACAGUGAAAUCUGUAAUUACUUCCGCCACUGCUCUAAUGAUUAAAAAAUCCUGAAUUGAA